UUUUCAUCGUCGCGCUACUGCUGGCCCAGAUUCGAUGCGACCGUCACGGCAGGAACGUGAUAUCCGACUUGUCCACGAGUUUCGCUGGGCCUCCCGGCUUCUACAUCGUCACCUUCGAUCGUCCAUAAUAGCUAAAAAGAAAAAAGCGGCACAAAUACACCUGCUCGCCGCACGAGGCUGGUUUGGAUCAUCAAAUGACCUUAAGUUUCCUGGUGAGUGCAUCCUCACAUACAUGGAGUUUCAGCUGGAUAGUGCAGAAUACUGCCAGGCUCAACACAAAUAGAGAGACACGCCCAAACACCCUGCAACCUGCUAGGUAUUAUUAAAGAAAGAGUAAGGAAGAACAUCUUAAUCAGGCAAAAGGAAAUUUUAUAAUAUUGGGAUCAUUGCCUCAAAGUCAGAAAAUCAUCAGCUAGUCAUCACGCAAAACAUAGAAGAAUUACCUAGAAUCAAUUGUUAAUUUACAAUAUUAAAUGCAAGCAUCGUAGCUACUGAGCGCACCUGAUCCAGGCGCACCCAGUGCCAAAUAGUUAAUCUUCCGAAUCAUAGUCAAGGAUCCCAGGUGGGAAUCAAUCGCAUAUCAACAACGCCUAAUGUAACGUAGCCCUCACCCUUUCAGCUAAACUUGCACCUUUAUAACCUUUCUUGAGGUCUACAUGUGAACCCAUUGUUCUGUCCUCUGUAAAAAAAUAACAAAGUAUUCAAUUAGUUAAAUGAGAAACAACUUUAUAAGACUGACAUCUAUGGGCUAAGUUGUUAAAUUCAGCCUUUGUUGCUUCAUAUAGUGUGGCACAUUGCAAAAGUAAAGAGAAACAGUGUCGUACAAAAUCAUUAAAGAAAACUAAAAAUUAAAACGAUAAAAAAGUAAGAGUACACCGCUUGUUGUCCAAGAGGAAAUGAGCAACAUGAGGGUGAAGGACAUUAGGCCAGAGCCCGCCGAGAUCGAAUACAAAAAUAUGAAGUUCCUCAUUACUGAUCGGCCCAAUGAUCAGACCAUUCAUACUUUUAUUCAAGAACUGAAAAAGCACAAUGUCAAAGAAGUAGUGAGGGUCUGCGAACCAACGUACAAAGUUGAGGAACUUAAAGCAGAAGGGAUCAAUGUCAUAGACUUGGUAUUUGAUGAUGGCACAUUUCCACCAAAUGAAGUCAUCGACGAGUGGUUUGAAUUACUGAAAAAUCGAUUCCGUGAAUCUCCUGAUGCAUGUGUGGCGGUCCAUUGCGUCGCAGGACUUGGUAGAGCACCAGUCUUGGUUGCACUUGCUCUUAUCGAGCUUGGACUAAAAUACGAGGAUGCGGUUGCGUUAAUCAGGGAUAAACGACGAGGCGCCAUCAACUCCAAGCAGCUGGCCUAUCUUGAAAAAUAUCGUCCCAAGUCUCGGUUGAAGCUCAAAAAUGGACAAAAGAACUCCUGCUGCGUCCAAUAGAUCAAACGAUUUCUUUGAAAAGUUACUAAUUCAUACUGAUUGGUAUACCUAAUUGUAUAGGUUUUCGCGCCUGGUAACAAGAGACAUACUGUAUCGAAUCUGUUCUGAAAGGCCUAUCAAUGGAAAUGCAACCGAACUACUUAUCAAACAAUUUUAAAGGUAUACAG